AUGGCGCGAUCAAGGAGAGCCGUCCUCCCAUUCCUCCACAGCCCUGCCAACGGCUUCGACGCCUUUCUGGCGAUUUGUGGCCUGCUGGAUGCAGCAGUCCGGUCCGUGGAGAAGGGCCAGGGCCUCGCGGUCUACGUGGUGAAUGCCACCAACUCCAUGCGGUACCUGCGCUUGCUGCGGUUCCUGCGGCUCUGCGGCGGCCUGCGUUUGCUCAUGAAGGCAUGCCAGUCCUUCCUGCAGAGUUUGCUUUGGUCCAUGCUGCUGCUCACCACCUUUCUGGUCGCCAGCGCCCUCUUCAUCGGGAACUUGUUGCAGAGCUUCAUCGAGGACCGGUCCCAGGUCUUGGAAGACCGUCUCUGGGUCUGGGAGCACUUCGGCACAGCCUACCGGUCCUGCUACAGUCUUUUUGAGAUUACCUUCGCUGGGAACUGGCCAGUGAUCGCACGCCCGGUGAUGAACAAGGUGAGCCAUGGUUUUGUGGCCUUCUUUGUGCUUUACAUCACCGUCAUCGCCUUCGCGCUGAUCCGGAUCAUCACCGCGGUCUUCCUGAAGGAGCUGGUUUCAGGGGGCCGGCAACCCCAUAUAACAUGUGGAGUUUGCUUCAGCAUUCGGAAGGCGCAGUACGCGAGCAAGUUGGAGCAGGUCUUUCUCACCAUCGACUCCACAGGGGAAGGCAUCAUUACGGAAAGACGGCUGGCUGAGGUCUUGGAGGAUCCCACCAUGAAGACCUAUUUUCAGACCUUGGACUUGGACGUGCACGAGAGCAACGCCCUCUUCCACUUAUUGGACGACGGGGACGGGACCGUCACGCUCGAUGAGUUCAUUGAUGGGGUGAUGCGGUGCAAAGGGCCCGCUAGGGCCAUUGACCAGGUGGCCAUGCAUCUUUGCCGGACUUAG